AUGUCAUUUUCUUUGUUUUAUUUUUAUUUUUCCUCUUCUUUCUUUCUCUUUACAUUUUCUUUCUACUAUUUUUCACUUGCUUUUUCUUUCUUUUUUUCUUCUUUUUUCAUUUUUUAUCAUAUUCUUUCCCUUUCUAUUUAUUUUUUUGUUCUUUUUUCAUUUUCUUUCUAUUCUCUUUUAUUUUCUUUCUUUUCUUUUUGUUCCCACUUUCUUUCCAUGGACACUUUUUCAUUUUUUCCUGGUUUACUUCAUUUUUCUUCUUGUUUUCCUUCUGUCAUUUUUUUCCUUUUCUUUAUCUUCUCUUUCUGUUCGUUUUCCCCUUCUUUCUUUCGUUCUUUCUUUCUUUCUUUCUUAUUAUUUCAUGUCCCCUCAAUUUCGAUUUUUGCUCCUAAUCUUCUCUCCCUCCAAUCCCCGUAUGUCAGAAAAUGUUUUCCCUCUUUAUCUCUUUCUAUUUCUCAUGCUCUCUUCUUUUAUUUUUUGACCUUUUUUUUUUCGUUAUUCCUCCAUUCUUUCUUUCCAGACGAUUCCCUCCCGUCAACCUCCACGUCGUCCAUAUACUCUCUCUCUCUCUCUCUCUCUCUCUAUCUAUCUCUCUCUCACCAACGAACUGAUUGUAUCGUUCUCUCCCUCUCGUUCAGGGAGAGAGAGAGAGACUAG